GGUGGAAAUAACAAGGUGAAGCAUUGCGGUGGAUGCGCAGUCGUUCAUGUCACGUGAUGUCACGAACCAAUCAGCUUGUGGUAUAAAAUAUGAGUCUAUCCUUGUCUAUCACGUAGUGUCAUAUCAUAUGUUCUGUGAGAGUGAAACAGUUUCACUGAAACUGCGUACCUGUGCGUAUUGUAUGUUACACAUGGUUACGUAUACACUAUGCUAUACAGUUUGCUUUUUAUCGAAGAAGUUCAUUUUAUUGCAGCACUUACGGUAAGCAAUAAAUACUAAAUAAAAAUAUAGAACUUAAAAAUUGGCAAUUAAAUCACAUUUUAUAUUAUAACUACAGAAACUAAAGCAUCAUGCGGCAGUGCUGUGUGCAUCAUUGCAGAGUAAGAUCGAGUGGAGUAUCAAAAGCCAAAAAUACAAAAUUUUUUUUGUUCCCGAAGGAAGAAACUUUAAAAAAAGCAUGGCUGCAAGCUAUCAAUCGAAAAGAAGAGGAGUUGAAUAUGAAAUAUGCAAAAGUAUGUCAACAUCAUUUUUCACCCGACUGUAUGGAGGAAAGGUGGACGAAACCUCAAAAGAAAAAUGUUGAACCAAGAAUUAUUGUUCGAUUGAAGGCUGGUUCAAUUCCAACACUUUUGUUAGAUGUACAAAGUCCACCACGAAAUCAGAGAAAUACAGUCAAAAGUCAAAUACAGUAAAAUUCGUGUUCGAACAAGGCAUGCUAUGACUUUUAUUUCCUAGUUGAAGAUCAGUAAACGCAAUGUUCA